AAGGAGCAAGACCAAGGACCUUGAAGUUGCCCAUCCAAAGUCUGGGAAAACAAAAGGUCUGUGUGUAAUGACAGAAAAAAACAAUACCACUCCAAUCAAUGAAUUUUUAUUUGUAGGAUUAACAAAUAAUCCUUUACUGCAGAUAAUCCUCUUCCUAGUAUUCCUAACUUUCUAUUUUACCACUUUGGUGGGAAACCUUGGAAUGAUUGCUCUGAUAAUGGUCAGUCCCCGUCUUCACACCCCAAUGUAUUUCUUUCUUAGCAACCUCUCUCUGUUAGAUGUCUGCUUUUCUUCUGUGGUUGCCUCUAAAUCGUUAGUUAAUCUCUUAGCAGAGAGAAAGUCAAUUUCCUUUAUUGGAUGUGCGAUGCAAAUGUAUUUUGUAAUAGGUCUGGGGAGUACAGAGUGCUUUCUCCUGGCUGCCAUGGCAUAUGAUCGCUAUGUAGCUAUCUGUAAACCAUUACUGUACCCAGUCCUUGUGUCUCCUAGACUUUGUAUUUUUUUGGUGGUGGGAUCAUAUGUUUUGGGGCUUUUACACUCUCUUCUCCAUACUGUGUUCACUUUCAGGCUGUCAUUUUGUCAGUCAAAUGAGAUCAAUCAUUUAUACUGUGACAUCACUGCACUUUUGUCACUUUCCUGUACUGAUAUCUACAUCAAUGAACUCUUGAUUUUUUAUGUGGCUGGAUUUGUAGAAGCAAUCACACUUUUGAGUGUCCUGGUUUCUUAUGUGUACAUUCUUGCCAACAUUGUGAGGAUCGGAUCAGCUGCAGGUAGACUUAAAGCCUUCUCCACAUGCACCUCCCACCUGACUGCUGUUACAAUCUUCCAUGGGGCGAUUCUCAUUCUGCAUUUCCGACCCAAGGCUAGCAGUGGAUCUUCUGUCCAAGAUGUGGGUGACAAAAUUCUGUCUGUGUUUUACACCAUUGUUAUCCCCUUGCUGAAUCCUUUGAUCUAUAGCCUGAGAAAUAAAGAGGUAAAGGAUGCUUUGGGAGGUUUUCAGAGGAAGGUAUACAACAAAAUCAUGAGCUAA